AUGAACACUAAUCCUACUUUCUUCAGCAGUGAACCUCCACAACAACAACUGCAACAACAACAACAACAACAACAACAACAACAACAGGCUGGAAAUAACGCCUCAAUCGAUUUUCAACCGAUAAUCAAUCAUAGGAUAUUAAUCUCGCUACAACAAGCUUCCAAAAUUAUCGGUAUCAAAGGUACUACCAUCUCCACCAUUAGAACUACAAACAAUGUCAAAAUAGGAAUCUCUAACAAAGUAUCUGGUUGUUCCGAUAGAAUUCUCUCGUGUUCAGGUAACGUUAUUAAUGUGGCAAAUGCUCUUGGUGAUAUUGUUGACCUUUUAAACAGAGACAAGACAAGUGAACCAAUGAAAUAUCAUUUCCAUUUUUUGAAUAAUAUACUACCACCACCUUCAUUGGAUGAAAUUAAAGAUCUGGAUCAAUUAAAUAAAAUUGGUAACCUAAAAUUAAUCAUUUUAAAUUCACAAUUAUCUUCAAUCAUCGGUAAAGGAGGUAGUAAGAUAAAAUCGUUAAUUUCAAAACAUGGUGUCAAACUUGUCGCAUCAAAAGAUUUCUUACCUGAUUCAAAUGAAAGAAUUCUGGAAUUACAAGGUUUCCCAGGUGCAAUUACAAAUACAAUAAUUGAUAUCAAUGAAAUCUUAAUUAAUGACGUCGAUAUCAAUUUCAUCAAUGAAAAACGUUAUUUCCCACAUUUGAAAACUUCUCAAGAUGAUAAUGAAGUCAAAACUACCGUAUUAAUUCCAGAAAAUUACGUUGGUGCAAUCAUCGGUAAACAAAAUAAUAGAAUUAUUAAUUUGAAAAAAUAUACAAAGACAAGAAUAAUUAUAACGAACAAUGACUCUUCUCCUUCCUCAUUAGCUGCUACAACGGGCAAUGAUGACGAAUAUGAACAACCAAGUGAAAAUUAUAGGUCAUUUACAAUCAUAGGUAGUAAUGACAAAAAUGUUAAAUUAGCAGAAUCAAUGCUUUUGAAAAAUUUAGAAACUGAAAUUCAAAGACGCCAAUUGAGGCUAACUGAACAGGAACAUCAAAAUAAUGAAGAACCUUCAGAUUUUGACACUGAAGAAAAUGAAUAG